AUGAUCUCGGCGGUCUACGUGUAUCGGGCCGACAGCGAGCACGAACUCUAUCCAUACGAGCCCGUCGACCCUUACGGUCUCUCACAGUACACCCGCAACCCCCCGCCACGACAUCUUCCACCAGGCAGGAUUCGGAACUUUGAUCUCGACAACAUCGGACCCGAACGCCGAGCUAGGAUCCGCAUUCGUGAGGCAAUUGCCGUGGGCGAUGACAGAGAAUCCCAGAUACUCCGCGUCGACAUCAUGGAGCCGCCGAUCAUCGAACGAAGCACCCACGCCUCCCUCAUUGUCGACGGCAAGACUGAAGAGGGCAUUCGAAAGUCUCCCAUUACUCGAACACUCGUCCCCAAGGUCUACGAUGCCGAGUUUCGCCCCAGCGACUGGGGUGCGCCGUGGAGCAACGUCGAGCAGGCCGACGGCGAGUUCGCCCGUGAGCAUGGCGCCUACAAGUACUGCUACGAGCAAGGGAGGACGGGGGGUCAGCACCUUUUGCCGGAGUUCUUUGGUGGCUGGGCCAUGGUUGUCGAUGAUGGUCCGGGGAAGACGAGACAGGUUGGACUCACGUUGAUGGAGGAUAUUCGUGGCUUCUCCGUGGAGAAUCUGUGUUAUCGUGAGGUGACCGAGAAAUGGGAGGGUCCUCUCGAGCCUACCGACCGCCCCGUCGGCUUCCUCAAGUCUGAUAACGAAUCCAUCUAUAUGGAUAUCGACCUCGCCUUUCGCAAGGAUGUUAUGAAGCGGGCGCUGGACGGCAUCGUCAACAACUUACACAUCGGUGUCGAACACCGUGACUUCGAGCCAGCCAAUCUAUUCAUCACGAUGCGAAACGUCCACAACGACGAGACGAAACUGCGUGUCGUUCUGCUCGACCACACCUUCACCCAAGUCUGGUCUAAAACCACAUACGCGGCCACCAAUGGGGAACGCUACUGUCAUCAGGCUCUUCCCUACCCGGCUCACCCUUACUUCCGCUUCGGCAUCCUCGCCAUGGAUCGGUAUGUUGGCUGGUAUCCGAUGGACUACGACGAUGAUAAGGAGUUCGACGAGUGGCUUCUCAGCGACGAGGUCUUCGGUCCUCUCAGGGAGGCCAGGGACGAGAUGAGCGAGUUGAGGGCUACGAGGAUGGCUUGGGUGUCGGCGUUGCGGAAGACUGGAGACGUGGCGGAGGAGAAGUUGCGGGGAGACGUGAAGUGGCCGCACGAGUACCCCAAGUACUCGAUGUUUUCGACACUGGACGAGAUACAAGAGAUGAGGCGUAAAGGCUUGUCUGCUGUCUUUAACAGACUUCGACAAAUGAGGCUUGGGUCUGAGGAACGUACUAAGGAAGGGCUGAAAGCGGAGAAGCAGUCGGCGGAGAAUCUUCGCGAGAUGGGUGACGCGAUGCGUGCUCUUCAACAAAAGCAACGGCAAAUGGAUGAGCAGGUCCUUGAGAGAGCUUUGAUAGCUCGUCUCAAAAAGCUUCCAUGA